AUGAAGGGAGGCACUUUACAGAUUAAUUGGCACGAAACCAAGCCCGUUUUAACCCUCGAUUUCCACCCCCUCUCCGGCCUCCUCUGCACUGGUGGCGCCGACUUCGACAUCAAGCUAUGGAUGAUAAAUUCCAGUGAAGAUCAAAAGAAGUCUCCAGGAGCUACCUACCAGAACAGCCUUUCAUACCAUAGUUCUGCUGUCAAUGCACUUCGAUUCUCUCCUUCAGGAGAACAGCUCGCCUCUGGUGCUGAUGGUGGUGAGCUGCUCAUAUGGAAAUUAAAUUCUACUGAUGCUGGCAAAGCAUGGAAAGUCCUGAAGACUUUAGCGUUUCAUCGCAAGGAUUUGCUAGACCUACAGUGGUCUACUGAUGGUGCAUAUCUUAUUUCUGGAUCAGUAGAUAAUUCCUGCAUUAUAUGGGAUGUUAACAAAGGUUCUGUCCAUCAGAUUUUGGAUGGGCAUUUCCACUAUGUUCAAGGUGUAGCAUGGGAUCCAUUGAAAAAGUAUGCAGCAUCGCUUAGUUCAGAUAGAACUCUCCGUGUUUAUGUCAACAAGCCUUCUAAAUCAAAAGGUGUUGAGAAGACGAAUUAUGUUUGUCAGCAUGUAAUUGCAAAGCUAGAAACGCAGACGACUGAAGAGUCUAAGUCUGCUAGAAGUCAUCUUUUCCACGACGAGACACUCCCGUCUUUCUUUCGAAGAUUAGCAUGGUCUCCUGAUGGAUCAUUCUUAGUGGUGCCUGCAGGUUCUUACAGACCUACAGCUGCUUCCGAAUCAGUAAACACUGCUUAUGUAUUUUCAAGGAAAAAUCUUUCAAGACCUGCUCUCAUGCUCCCUGGUGCCAGUAAACCUGUUGUGGCUGUACGCUUUUGCCCAAUGACAUUUAAUUUGCGGGGAUCAGAAACACCCUCAUUGUUCAAGCUCCCCUAUCGCCUUAUUUUUGCGGUGGCCACUUUGAAUUCCUUGUACGUAUACGAUACUGAGAGUGUUCAGCCAAUAGCAAUUGUAGCCGGAAUUCAUUAUUCAGCCAUAACAGACAUUGCAUGGUCACCUUGUGGUAAAUAUUUGGCCUUGUCUUCUCAAGACGGUUACUGCACUCUUCUGGAAUUUGAAAAUCAGGAACUUGGAUCACCCAUUUCAUUGCGAGAAGAGAAGCAAGUCGACCGUGAAAAUAAAAACACAGUUUGGAAAUUGGAUGACAGUAUUAUGGAAGUUACUCUCGACGAUAGCAGUGCUUUACAUGGUGCAAAAGAGAAGGAAGAGAACACAGGAAAAGAUAAAGAGGAGAAUAAUCAAGGGAAACAAGUUUCACCAGGUACAAGAACAACCCCGAAUCCGAACAAGACUGCAAAGAGGCGUAUUACUCCCAUGGCCGUUGAUUGA